AUGACGCUCCCAAUCUGCAAAUAUGACAGUGAGCUCCACUCGGAAUAUCCCAACCAUAACUUUUCGGUUGCGGGUACCCGCAACCCGGCUGCGGGUACCCGGCUGCGGGUACCCGGCUGCGGGUACCCGGCUGCGGGUACCCGGCUGCGGGUACCCGGCUGCGGGUACCCCGGCUGCGGGUACCCGGCUGCGGGUACCCGGCUGCGGGUACCCGGCUGCGGGUACCCGGCUGCGGGUACCCGGCUGCGGGUACCCGGCUGCGGGUACCCGGCUGCGGGUACCCGGCUGCGGGUACCCGGCUGCGGGUACCCGGCUGCGGGGUACCCGGCUGCGGGUACCCGGCUGCGGGUACCCGGCUGCGGGUACCCGGCUGCGGGUACCCCGGCUGCGGGUACCCGGCUGCGGGUACCCGGCUGCGGGUACCCGGCUGCGGGUACCCGGCUGCGGGUACCCGGCUGCGGGUACCCGGCUGCGGGUACCCGGCUGCGGGUACCCGGCUGCGGGUACCCGGCUGCGGGUACCCGGCUGCGGGUACCCGGCUGCGGGUACCCGGCUGCGGGUACCCGGCUGCGGGUACCCGGCUGCGGGUACCCGGCUGCGGGUACCCGGCUGCGGGUACCCGGCUGCGGGUACCCGGCUGCGGGUACCCGGCUGCGGGUACCCGGCUGCGGGUACCCGGCUGCGGGUACCCGGCUGCGGGUACCCGGCUGCGGGUACCCGGCUGCGGGUACCCGGCUGCGGGUACCCGGCUGCGGGUACCCGGCUGCGGGUACCCGGCUGCGGGUACCCGGCUGCGGGUACCCGGCUGCGGGUACCCGGCUGCGGGUACCCCGGCUGCGGGUACCCGGCUGCGGGUACCCGGCUGCGGGUACCCGGCUGCGGGUACCCGGCUGCGGGUACCCGGCUGCGGGUACCCGGCUGCGGGUACCCGGCUGCGGGUACCCGGCUGCGGGUACCCGGCUGCGGGUACCCGGCUGCGGGUACCCGGCUGCGGGUACCCGGCUGCGGGUACCCGGCUGCGGCGGCUUAACAAUUUGUUACUGA